AAUAUGCUGGAUAUUUCGUUUGUCUAACAAAGCCAACUGAAAGACCGGUUACGGAUAACGUUCAUAAUUUUGCUCGUGCUUAGCUACUAAACAUAACGAACAACUGCUGCGCGAGAUGACAAAUUACACGUCAGGAAUAUAAAUGUUUUGAAUAUCAUUAGGUUCGUUGGCCUCAUUCGAUCUCUAUGGCAAUAUCGUGCCUCGAGGAAUAUCGUCCCUUGUCCAAAAUGGCGGCCGUAAGUUAAAUUUAUGUAAAAUGCCGGCUAGCUGAAUCGUCUGGCAACGACUCGUUGCCAACGAGAUUGACAGUUUGACAGCCAACUUGUGAUAUAGCACUAGACACGAAGCUCUCACAAGGGAAGUGUUUAAAACAAGAUUUGAAGGAAUGACGAAAUGGCACUACAGUUAGCCUAAAUAGCUCGUGUUUUGGUCUGACUCAAACACCGAACUUAGUCCAUAAUUAAAAUUUAAAUUCCUAGCUGUUGCGUUGCUAUAGUCCCCGCGUACGUAAUUCAACGCCGGUUCCUGGUUGCAGAGUUAUUUUAAUUCCAGCAGUAUCAUUCUGUCUUAGUGCCCGGGUAUGUUUGUGUUACACGGAAUCGUUCUUUCUGUUUCAUUUUAAUGAUGAAUAAGUGGAAUCAAUACCAUACGUGAUAUUUGUUUUUGUUUUGUGAACAUUACGCAAGCAGGUUGUUUUAAGCCGCCAAUGAUAGCCAAGAAAUUUCCGGAAAUCAUGAUACAAAAGAAACUGCAUGUGCAAGCGUGAGCGACAACAAUUUUCAAGUCGUAUUUCAAAUAUUAUCCUCGUGGCUGGGUUUUUAAAUAGCAGAUGACUACAGAUAUUUGAAAAUGAAACUUUUCCGACCCAUAUUUCUUCUUGGGAAAACACCGUCUUGCAACUCAUAAACGGCCAUUUAAUUUUUGCCUUGACAGACCUGGUCUGCUUUUCAGUUCAUUACCGUUAAGUGAAAAGCGACUGAAUUUUCGGGUCUUGAGAUGGAAAGUGUGGAGAGGGAUCUUAUUAACCGGUAUUUUAUGGAGCUGGUUAACAACGUCAUCCCGGUAGAUAUGUUACCGUAUUUAUCUUGCCUGACACCGACCGACAAGGAAAGAAUAAAAUGUGAAGAGAGAAACUAUGGUCCCAUUCAAGCUGCACAAGAGUUGUUGGACAGACUUGUUCGGAGACGAGACGCUUUUCAAGACCUUAUUAGAGCGCUAAGACACACCGGCUGUGGGCAUUUAGUGGAACUUCUUUAUUCACAGGAAGAAGAAGCUGCCGAGGAAGACAUACGAAACGAAGAAAACGUAGAAGCAAGGUUUCUAGAACAAGUUGCACUGGAAGAUGUAAAUCACUUAUGACUGCUAACAGAAAAGGAAAAACUAAAAAAAAACAGGAGAGCACUCACCUGUCUUUCAAGCACAUUGUAUUUUAUAAUCAUUUAGCCCUGCGUGGAUCGCAGUGUUGAUGCUGGGAAUGCUGCUAUGCUCCAUAAUGUGUGCUUCCUUGUGGAUUUAUCAGCUGAAAUAAUUCAUUCCAGACUCGAUUUAAGUUUUACAAUUGGAACAGCUGUGGUGUAAUAGCAUGCAAGUUUUAUGUUUUGCUCACGAGGAUGGCAGUCUUAUUAAAUUAUCUUGAGGCUAUCGAUUAUUUUUGUAAGACUAUUGCAAAAUUGUUAUGUCACGCUGUUCUUCUAAUGUCGUUCCGUAACCAACCUGCUAGACUCUUGGUACCAAUCAAAGUCAAGUAUUCUUUUGUGUAAGAAAAACUUGCAAACGAGGCUUUCUAAGUCACCAGAUUGUUUGAAUGAACCGCACGCCUGCUUUGCGUCGGAUGUUUUUCACGCACUAAGUAUUUGAUGAAAAUUGUUCAGUGCUUGGAUUCACUAGGUAGUCAUUUUGUAAUUUCUGAUAAAUUGUAUUCUUAGGCGUAGAUCGUUUUGAUAUUAAACGUAGUCUGUAUAUCAUAGUUAAAUUUUGGUGUCCAGAGCUUUGUUUUUUGAAAUGAAUUGAAUCAACUUGUACAGUGGUCAUUAAUAAAAUAACUCUUUGAUAUCAA